CGCUGCUCGGACCUUCCGCUGUGAUGAUGGGAUUGCCAGUACAGCUGCUCGUGCUGAUCUCGGUGGCGGUGUGCGAGCCAGCCCUGCGGCGGGACGAGGCGGGGCUUUCCCAGGCGGGCGGCCAGCAGCCCUUCCGCCAGGAGGAGCGCACCUCGGACGGCACCGUGCGCGGUCGGUACGGCUUCACGGACGCCAACGGGUACCUGCGCGUCAUCGAGUACGUGGCCGACGAGACGGGAUACCACGUGAUACACACCAAGACCGAGCUGCCGCGGGACAGGCCCCGGCCAACGGUCAAGCCAGACGCGCCCUUUCUGGGCCCGCUGCCGCCGUUCAUACCGAGGCCCCAACCCGAAGAGUCCGAGACAUGAUCGACGCUCGGCGGGUCCCGCCACAGCAAUGCGUCAGAGACGGUGAUGGAGUCACGUUCGAGGAAUUUCGUUUGUUAUACUUGGGGACAACUUUCUGAGGCAAUGAAGGGAAAGCUAUAGGGGGUAUGCUCUAGACGUCAUCCACAAGGAUCGCUAGCGUCGUGGUCGCCAUUUUGGCAGUCGGCGCGCUCGCUCGUUGCCCGCGCUGUGUCCAGGAUCCGUACGGCAACUAGGAUGUCUAGUGACCUCUGGAAUAACCUCCGGCACGCCAGAGCACGUGCAGCUGGACGCGCGUACGAACGAACCUUCGAAAUGGCGCGGCGAUGGUGUUGCCCCCUUGCGGGUGAAGGCUGCACAAAGCGGAGCUACUGCGCAUGUGCGAAAAAGUUCGGCUCGCCUCACUUUUCGAAUGCCGGCCGUGUUCGAAUAAUAGCACUGCAUAGAAUUUGCUGCGUCUGCUUACACAUCUAUUUGUGAGUGUAAUUAGACACAAGCUUCUUCGGCGGGUCGUCGGAACAACUAGAGUGCGAUGAGCAUUCAUUUAAAGUCGAAGACGCCAUUUGGCUGAGGGGUCCCUAAAACAUGCGACGUUUUCAGGCGUGCAAAAACGCAAAAUGAUACUUCAUGAAGCAAAACGAAUAUUAAUAUCUCCUUGGUUCGUUCAUCGUCUCUUCAUAAACAGCUUUCGUAUAGAAAAUAAUGCUGUUUUUAUGGCUGUCGCGCGGGAAAUACACUCAUAUUUGGGACCAUAUUCUUCAGCGAUGCCACACGCCCACUUUGGUUCCGUAGCCUUCCCUUCAUAGAAAGUUGUCCCCGAGUAUAGAAAGUCAACUUUUGGUCAGACGUAAUGCGUCGCUCUACUUUCGAAAAUUGAGUCGCAGCGCAAUAGCAAUGCGAGCGUUCUUUGAUUUUCGCCGCUAUAUACGACGAACAGGCAAAAAUGGAAAUGCCACUUGUACAUAUAGGCCGAUGUGUGGCUUCGUUAGUAAAAAAAUAUGGUUCCUGUGAUUUGAAGCACACUUGAUCCACAUAUAGUAAGGUGUCUUUUUCAUGUCGCCCAUCGAAUGAUUCAUAUAGUCAAGGUAUUCCGUAUUUAUUAUAAACUGACCCUCCCAUUUUGAUCUCUCUCCCAGUACUGAGGCACAGCAAACAGGAAUCACGCAACGAAGCUAACCUCUUGGCAGUCAGGCUAGCGGCCCAUGAAAGCAAGCAUUCGGGCGAGUUGGCACACGAUGGGAAACUGAACCGAGCUACGUCUGACCCUCUGAGUAGAUUUUUACAGCGUUGUUGCACGCUAUAGUUUCCAGGGGAUCAGGUAGACCGAGCGCGUCUCGCCGCUGCGGUGGCGCGCCUGUCGCGGGGAUACAAGUCGCUUGUUAUGCACUGAGGGAAAAAAAGAAGGCGCGCUUGUAAACCUUCCAGGGUGUGUGACGGUCGCGCAGUGCAUUGCGUGCCCGGAUCGAGAUGACGUGGCAGAAAUUUUUUCGUUCUUUACGUUAUUACCGUCACGGAAAUAAAAAAUGAUGGCGUUGAUUUAACUACAAGAGCAGCUUAGGGCUGCAAGAUGUAAAAGCUUUUAUUGCGCUCAUCUGUUCCAUUGCGUUUGCGUGAAAUGUCUAUUUUUGUGCGUGUCUUUCUUCAACGCAUUCUUCAUGAGCCACCUGACUUUUUCUUCACUUCUGCCUGCUUCUUCAUGUAUAUGUACAAAAAAGAAAAGUAUAUCAAAGUGCAAUGAAGACUGAAUUGUGCAAAUAAUUUAUGUGAGCCGCGAGGCUAGUGAUAAAUAAGGAAGCACUGGAGUGCGUUGUUUUAUGUGAUACAUGUCGCGUUGUCUCGGCUUGUCCGAAGAGUGAUUAUAUGCUUUCUGCGAAAGUAGCGGCCUGAUUCACCAAUAAAAACAAAACAA